UAGUUUCCUCGUCUUUCAUGAAAAAUGUUUUUGACAGUGGUGAUGGUCUGUAUGUGUUUCACAGAUAUGGAUGACAGGCAUGAAGAGAAAUGUGGGACACUAUGUGCUACCUCACAAGAGAAAACAAAAGUCAGAGAGAGAGAGAGAAGGAAACGGAAACGCAGCAGAAGUAGAUCAUCAUCCAUUUCCUCCACCACGUCGUCCAGUUCCUCUGCAUCUUCCUCUUCAAGUUCUUCGAGAUCAUCUGCUUCACAUAGCAGAAGCAGUUCUAGUAGUAGAGAUUCUCCAAAAUCAAAAGCAAAGAAGAGGAAAAAGGAAAAACAUAACAAAAAGAAGAGGAAAAAAGAUAAGUUGAAGAAAAAGAAGGAAAAGAAAAGGAAGAAAGAAAAGUCAGGACCUGUGCAGCUUUCUAAGUACUUAAAAGAUAAAAAGAAGAAUCAAAACUACAGUAUGAUCACAGGAAAGAAAAUUAAGAUGAAAAUAAAGAAGAGUAAAAAGGAUAAAGAGCGAGACAGAAACCGUGCUGAGCUCCUUGAUUUCUUGAACUCUGCUUUGUAGUGAACGUUCUACUAAGCAAGGACCAGUAAGUCUUUCAAAUCAUUUGGUGAUCCUGCUUCCCAAAGCACCAAAUACAAGCUCACAGUGAGGGCUGGAAGAACCCAAUGUGUGACAAGCUGAAACUGUCUUGCUGGG